GUACUUGCAUAAUGUUCAAACGUACGGCUGCUCAAGCGUUGCGAUCUCGCCGCCUGUACUCUCGUAUUUCAUGUACGGCACAGGCAGCUAGAGCACGACCUGCCCGGUCUGUAGUCAUAGCUUCUUCUGCAGCUGCUACCGCAGGCCUACUCUGGUAUUCGUUUAGUACUACUAUCCACAACGACGCUAUCAUAACACCAAAGCUAGAAGAUAUAUCCAAGCCCGUCCAGAAAGCUUCUGCAUCUAGUACUGGAGUCACGGAGGACGAUGGAAGCAUAUGUGCAGUCGUGUGGGGUUCCAACCAGUACAACGUAAUCAACCCAAACGAACCCGCAGUCCAACGGGUACAGUGCCCCGUAAAUUCUAGUUGGCUAAAAGACGUCGCGCUGCGUGACUUGGCACUUCAUGAGCGACAUGCUGCUUGUGUAGAUGCAAGGGGAGAUGUAUACCAGUGGGGCGACGGAUUCUUUGGCUCAAGUUCCACAUCAAAAUCAGAGUCACAAGGACCGAAAUUGACAUUACGUGGUCAUGACAUCAUUCAGCUUCAGCUCACCGAAUCUCGGUUAUAUGCUCUAUCAGCUUCCGGAAAAAUAUAUGUCAUCGCGGCUAAUGCAGAACAACAACAAAACCUCCCUCCGAAGCCACUUCCUGCUAGUACUAUGUCCUGGUGGACACCCGGCUGGAUAUGGGGAGCGCAAGGAAAUGCCAUCGACUUCGCGGAGGUUGUACCUAGGCAGAAACUUGGUUGGGGUGAACAGUUCGUAUCUAUUUCAGCAGGCAGGAACCACCUCUUGGCAUUGACAUCUUCUGGUCGGACAAUGAUUCAUCCCAUGAACAAAAACGCAAACGCACAUGGACAACUUGGUCUACGGAAGUUUGACAUUCCUAAUCCAAGUUCUACAGACACCGUUUCCCCGCUCCGCAUUCAUGUCGAGCUAGUUCCAAGGGCAGUGGCUGACCCGUUUGCUACAGCGUCUCCUUUCUCGCGUUCGGCGUCGCCAUCUGUGCCGCCUUCCGUAUCCACCAACAUUGAUGGAAUAGAUGACCAGCACAUUAGAUUUUCAGAUGCUCUCUUUGAGAUUCCCUCUCUCCAAGGUAUCAAGGUCUCUCAAAUUGCAGCUGGAGGUCGCACCAGCUUUGUAAUGACAGAUUCUGGUAGGGUGCUUGGCUGGGGAGCGAAUGAGUUCGGCCAGAUCGGACUGGGUGGAAACAUGACUCUUGACACAAUUAUCCUGCCGACAGAGGUGAUCCUGUCGAGAAACGUACCCGGUUCUGUCCGCACUAGAUGCAUCGACAUUUCCGCAGGUGGUGAUCUGACAUGUUUCGUCGCCGAACGCACAGAUGGCGAAUCCCUCGAAUAUGUAGACAUUCUGACUUGUGGUAACGGACAAUGGGGAGGACUAGGGAACAACCUCUACUCGAAUGCUCAAGGGAACCCUGUCCGCGCAAAGAACAUCAGCGGUCUCCGAGAAUAUAACGAAGCUAGCCGGACCAUGUCCCCCAUCUUUCCUCAUGCUAUCUCGGUGUCUCCCACUGGUCAUGUCCUGCUGACUUUGGAUACACAAGCCCAUGGAGGGCCGGGUGGCUUGGGUCGGGAUCUGGUCGCCUGGGGAACAAAUCACGACUAUCAGCUUGGUACCGGUAAGAGAAGCAGUCUUCCUGUACCUACCACCUUGGAGCGUCCUGAAGGCGGCCGAUUUAUCCUGGGUCAACGGAAAGCUCUGGUGAGGGACCUUGCUGGUAACGUAUGGAAAAAGAGAGUCGAAGUCGAGCAGUGUGCAGUCGCAGGGUACGGUAACAGCAUUAUAUAUUGGAAGAUCAAGUAGAUAGUCGAGUGCGGGAGUACUAUUCACCAGCGACCAAUCAAGGUUCUUGUUGCACGUG